AUGACUUGCCACGUUCAAGGGAUCGCAUUUAUUACUGGGGGUGCUUCGGGAAUUGGUAAGAGCACUGCUUUUGCCCUGGCUCGAAAUGGUAUCAGUGGCCUGGCCCUUCUUGACCUCAACUUGUCACUGCUUGAGAAUGUUCAGACCGAGAUCCGAAGCCAACAUCCAAAUGUCGAUGUUGAAAUCUUCCAAGUGAAUGUGGCAGAUGAAGCAUCAGUUGACACAGCUGUCCAAAAGACCGUGGAGCGUUUCGGGCACAUUGAUAUUGGCGUCAACUGUGCCGGUAUUAGUGGAAAUCCCACUUCAACUCACCAGAUGUCUUUGACGGAGUGGAAGAAAGUAAUUGAUAUCAAUCAAACUGGAGUUUGGCUUUGUCAGCGAGCUUUGAUCAGACAGAUGCUCACACAGGAGUCGCGUGGCACUCGCGACGGCCGUGGAGUUAUCGUUAAUGUCUCCUCCAUGUUUGGCGUUGGCGCGAAGCACGCUGUUGUCGGACUAACCAAAAUGGACGCCAAAGCAUACUCCCGAGAAGGGAUUCGUAUCAAUGCUAUCUGCCCUGGGUUCGUGGAUACUCCAAUCAUCAAGGAACAGAUUGAGUCCGGGUCAAUGGACGCCCAGUUUCAGAUGACACCCAUCGGUCGGCCUGCACAGGUGGAGGAGAUUUCCGAUGCAAUGCUCUUCCUUUGCUCUUCCGCGAGCAGCUAUAUGUGUGGAGCGGCGUUGGUGGUUGAUGGAGGGUUUACUGUCUGA